CAGCCUCUCAUCCUCAGUUUUCAAACAGCACCCAGGACGAUAAUAACCCGUCUGUUUGCGUUUCUGCUUCCCUUAUUGGGAAGAUUCGUUUCGAUUUAUUAUUUAUUUUUUGUAUUUUUAAACCAAAUUCCAACACGGCACUUGCUAAUCUGCAAUGGCAAAAGGAGAAGGAGCUGAACAAUACUCCAACGCUAGCUUGUUUAAUAAAACCGACAGCUCGGAUAGUUUCGACGUGCCCCCAAAGGUAAGGUCGUUAUAUAUGUUUAUCUGCAUUUUUGGCCUCGGAGGUCUUUAAUCCGCUGAACCGAGUCACCUCUGAAAGCUGGAACAUGGGAGUGUUCCCAGCUGCAUGUGUGAAUGAAUGGAGCCACACCGGUGGGCUGACACGGGGAGAGACACGAGCGUUAGCUGGUUUAUGGGCGCGAGACGAGCCUUUUCAUCCUGCAGGAAACAAUAACCGAUAAUAAUAGACUCGCACAGGUAUUAUUUUAAUUCAGUACAUCGAUUUCCCACGAGUCGUUUCUCCCCAGCAUGAAGCACGAAGCGACCAAAAACAUGUAAAUGACAUUCUCUCGAAGCUAGAAGCAACCGAAUCCGAGUCUUGGUUCGCGUUUGUAUUAUUUUUAUAUUUUUUUAUUUUGCAGGUUUUAUGUCACGAGGAGUCUAAUAAGCUCGCCUCAUGCGUAAUUAUUACACAUAUUUAAAUAUUUAAUUGAUUUUAUAAUAUCAGAAUCACGUUGAUUAGGGAAGCUCAGAACAAUUUUCUUAAAAUCAAAACAAUAUUUCGGUUUCGUUUAUAAAUAAAAGUAUGAAUUAGUAAAAUCGUUGCAGGCAUCAUUUAUUACACCUAAAAAUGAUUUCUUACGCCUGCUGCUGCGUUUGGGGGCUUCAGAGCGAGUAAAACACAAUCAUUAGCCUCACAGGAGCCAAAUGUACACAUUUAGCUUCAGGGAUUACGUUCAGCUCCAAAGCAAAAGGAGACGGAAUGCAGGUUUUCCCAUGUGAUCUUUAUUUUCCAAAUUUAUUAGACUUCCAAAUGAAUUUCCACAUUUCCGACAGCAGCGAACGCAACAGGAAGCAGCCACCGUAGGUGACGUGUCCGACAUGGAUGGAGGAUCAUCCUGUACUCAUCUAAAAUAAAACUUCUCUGAUCCAAAUGAGUCAGAAGAAGUGGAACCUGAAGCUAAGCAGAAUAAAGCCGAGCUAGACUAUCUGAACCCAUCCUCCUCAUCUGUUUAUGUACAGAUGGCUCUGAUAAACGGACCCAGACCUGAUAGGAAUGUGUUUCUUUUGUGGAUCAAUUUUAGUCAUCAGUGUUUCAACUAUGAUAACAAACUUCUGUCAGCGUGACAGGAAGUGCACAGUUUUCACCUGACAGUGCUGGGCGUGUGCACACCUGUAGAACAGGCGUAAAACAUUCAGCAAAGGUAAAAAAAAAAGAGCGGCACGUGCUUCAGAGAGUUAAGCCACGUUUGCUACAAUAGUACUUAUUGUAACCUUCCUUCUGUUGCCAUGGUGACUUCCUCUUAUUCCAACAGUAUGUCACCUAAACACACCUGAGUUGUUUGUAUCAACACACUGGUUUAUUCAGUUACACUCAGGUGUGCUGUCGUGACAGGUGAGGCUCUGUGCUUAAAGCUGGUUUGUAUAAACUGUUAACAUCUUUUUAGAGGCAGCAAGGAUGACCGCGUUCUGAUUGGUCAGACGGAGGGUGUCUCUUUUACCUUCUCUCUGGUCAAAGCACAGCUCAAAGGCCAUGUUGGGUCGGUCCAGGCUGCUGCCAAGGUGCUGUCGCCCUGUAGGUGAUGACGUGGUGUUGUCAUGCCCCUGGCACCAUCAUCACAGGCUGUGUGUUGCCGCCAGAUCAGCUGUUCAGUCUGACUGCUGAGCAUGAACACAGAAACAGGUUGUCAGUCUGCAACAAGAUCUGCUACGCGAUUGGCGGUGCUCCCUACCAGAUCACAGGAUGCGCCUUGGGCUUCUUCCUACAGCUCUACCUGCUUGAUGUAGCUCAGCUGGAUCCUUUCUAUGCCUCUAUCAUCUUGUUUGUUGGUCGAGCUUGGGACGCUGUCACGGACCCUACCGUGGGCUUCCUGGUCUCCCGAAGCCCAUGGACGAGGAUUGGACGCAUGCUACCAUGGAUCCUGAUCUCUACCCCUCUGGCGGUGCUCUCUUAUUUCCUCAUCUGGUACGUUCCUCCCUUUGAAACUGGGAAAGUCAUCUGGUACAUUUUCUUCUACUGCCUCUUCCAGUCGCUUCAGACGUGUUUCCAUGUGCCGUACUCGGCCCUCACCAUGUUCCUGAGCUCGGAGCAGGCGGAGAGAGACUCGGCCACUGCUUACAGGAUGACGGUGGAGGUUCUGGGCACUGUGCUCGGUACGGCCAUCCAGGGGCAGAUAGUGGGCAUGGCUAAUGCCCCCUGCCUCCCGGGACCUGGUGAAAUUGUGGCUGACCCAACCAACAUUUCACACUUUGGGUUCCACAACGACUCUGCUCAUGUCAUCUCCCUGGAGCACACGAAAGCAGCAUACAUGAUUGCAUCUGGAGUCAUCUGUCUGAUCUACAUCCUGUGUGCUGGGGUUUUGUUCUGUGGAGUGAAAGAACAGAAAGAGCAUUCCCAGGUCAGGUCCCAGCCCAUGCCCUUCUUUCAAGGAAUCAGGCUCGUGAUGGGACACGGACCAUACGCCAAACUGGUCGUAGUCUUCCUCUUUACCUCACUGGGUUUCAUGCUCCUGGAAGGAAACUUUGCUCUGUUCUGCAGCUCCACACUGGGAUUCAGAAAUGACUUCCAGAAUAUUCUACUGGUCAUCAUGCUCUCUGCUACUCUGGCCAUCCCCUUCUGGCAGUGGUUCCUGACUCGCUUUGGGAAGAAGACCGCGGUUUACGUCGGCUCCUGUUCGGUCGUCCCGUUCUUGAUCAUGGUGGUGUGCAUCAAGAGUAACCUCUACGUUACCUACGUGGUCUCUUUUGUGGCUGGGAUCGGAGUGGCGUCGGCUUUCCUGCUACCCUGGUCCAUGCUCCCUGAUGUCCUUGAUGAUUUCAAAGUGCAAAACCCUGAAUCCACAGGACACGAAGCUCUCUUCUAUUCCUUCUACGUCUUCUUCACAAAGUUUGCUUCUGGGGUCUCUCUGGGCGUCUCCACUCUGAGUUUAGACUUUGCAGGAUACAUCAGCAGAGGUUGCUCCCAGCCCAAAGAAGUGGACCUAACGCUGAAGCUGCUGGUCUCAGCCGCCCCUAUAGCCUUCAUGCUCAUCGGCUUGGCCAUCUUGUACUCGUAUCCCAUCGAUGAGAAGAGGCGACAGUACAAUAACAAGAUGCUACAAGAGAUGAGGGACAGCGAGGCCGAUUCAGAGUCGGAGACGACAGAAAUAUCUAACAUGAUCUAAGCACAUUUCUGGACCAGUCGGUUCACGGAUUGGCACUUUGCACUGGACGGGACCAACGGAGCCGAGCCAGUGGGGUCAUACGUACGCUGCCUCGUCCAGCCACGCUGCUGCUGACACGAUCCACACUGAAGCGUUUACUGUGUGAGGCGCGCUGAGGCCUUCCUGAAGACAUCUCACCCACUGUGUUUGAUGCUUCCUGGCAUGUCUCUUAGGCUACGUUCACACUGGAGAGAGUGUGAUGUCACGUUUCAGUCAGAGGGUGAACAGCCACACACAAAAAAUCAGAUUUACCCAAAAAAAAUCGAAAUUGAGCAUCAAGGCCUGCAGUGUGAACGCAGCCUUAGACAUCACACCAGGCCUUACCUUUUGUACUACCUACUACUGUUUAAUCCUGCCUAAAAGGGGGCGGUGCCAGAUGAAACAGCACAAACUGAUGAGCAGAUUUCUCUGGAGCUGUGCGGGUUCCCACCUGGUGAACAUUCAUGACACUGCGUUAGAGAGAAGUGCAGCUGUGACGUGUAAAUGUGAGAAACGAUGAUACUGCCUUCAUUUCUACCAUUUUGGGUUUAAAAUUCAAACUGGCACAAGUGUGGGUGACUGUUUUGUGAACAGGUUUCUUGUAAUUUUACAUGUUGUUGUUGUUGUUGUUAUUGUUUACAGAAUCUAGUUGGCCAUGCUGUAGCUUUCUCCCCUCACACUGGUGCUUGUUAAUUUAUUUCUGUGACAUUAGAGGCCAAACGUGAACAGCUUUACUCUGAAGGGCUCCAGAUUCCCGUCACACAGGUUUAACUACCACAGCAAAGAUAUUGUUUUAUUUAUUAUCAGCUACUGGAGACGGCAUUAAUCUCUUUAAUCUGGAGCAAAAUGCUUUACUGCAGCUGGUACAAGUUAGAAAAUAUAUUAUUUAAAUAUUUAUUAGUUUGUACAAAUGUUUGCCAAAAAGUCAUCCUUCAGUAUUUAAAUUAAUUUAAGGCUUUUAAAGAUGUUGUUACUGAGCUCUGGUGAUUCAAAGAGACAGUUAAACUUUAAGCAUCUUUUAAUGUGUGAGGCCAUCACUGCCAUCCCUACGUCUGUAUGCAUGAAAAAAAGGGAACCACAUAAUUGAGUUAGAGCUUUUAUUUUGUUAAAAAAACCUGAUCGCCUCGGUCCUUUCUGAGGUUUUUCAUAUCUCUGAUAUGGAAGUGUGUACAUGCAGUGUCAUAUGUUAUACAUACUGUUACAUCUUUGAUAUGACAACUGAGUUGCCCAAUGUGAAAUGUUCACUGGAAUUGUUGUAACUGUUAUUUUCCUUCUCAUAACCCUGCUAGAGGAUACUGUACGUGCCAACAUAGUUGUUUUCUCUUACUAACCCUGUAAAUAUUGUACAUCUUGUAAAAAAAGAAAAACAAGUCCAGUUUUACUUUGUCAGCAUGGUUUAUGGAAUGUUAGUCUAUCCAUCAUGACUGAGGCUGUAGCCAAAUGUGUGACUUUUAAUCCCACUGGGACGCACAAAAGCCUUGUGUACAAGCCUCCUGUGCAUAUGUAAAUAUUGUAUAAAAUCCUGUAAAUAGUCUGUAACUGUUGACAUAUAAUCUUUAUUUGUGGCUGCAGAUGGGUGAAUCUGUACACUGUAAUGUACUUAUUUAAGUAAGAAGUGCUGCAAUGGAAGAUGGUUAAUAAAUGCUAAUGAAGUGUUGUGUGA